AUGGGACGAAGACCAGGAAGAUGCUAUAGAUACAUAAAAAAUAAGCCAUACCCCAAGUCAAGAUUCUGCAGAGGAGUGCCCGACUCGAAGGUGUCUAAAUAUGAUACUGGAAAGAGAAAGGCCACUGUAAUGGAGCUGCCAGUGUGCACCAAUCUUAUCUCUCUGGAGAAAGAGCAAGUGUCCGCAGAAGCACUGGAGGCAUCUCGUAUUGCGCUGAACAAGUACCUCACAACGCAUCUAGACAAGGAUGCAUUCCACUUUAGAAUCAAAGUGCACACGCACCACGUGGUCAGAAUCAACAAAAUGUUGAGUUGUGCAGGAGCCGACAGACUGCAGACAGGAAUGAGAGGAUCCUUCGGUAAGCCAAACGGAAGAACCGCCAGAGUGCAGAUCGGACAGGUGCUGAUCAGCGUCAGAAGCAAAGAGGGCACCGAAAGCAAAAUCAAGGAGGGCCUGAGAAGAGCAAUGCACAAAAUAGCAGGAAAGCAGCUGAUCGAGGUGUCAAAGAAGCACGGAUUUACGCCAUAUGAUAGAGACGAACUGAACAAGCUAAAGGAGGAGGGCAAGCUGCUUCCCAUGGGCAUAGGAGCUAUGGAGCUGAAGAAGAAAGGACCCAUUAUGGAGUACAUUAAGAAUGCUGCAAUGGUUCUAUAA